AUGAUCACUGCCAACACCCUCCUAGCCUUAGCCAAACUCGCCCAGGAAACCUCACCUCAAACUCCAUCCUGGCUAACCACCCCAAUCCCCCCACCCCAAAAUCCCGACCGAAUCGCACAAGAAGCCUUCCACCAACUCCUCACCCACCAACGCCCCAACGGCUCCGUCACCGGCAUCGGCUGGUGGCAACUCGCCAACGCCUACACCGCCAUCGCGCUCUGGAACCUCUCAUCAGACCACGGAAGUCGAGCCUGGUACGACCUUCUCUCUCGCGCGAUACGACAAUGCGAGCGUCGUCAAAGGGGGUUAAUUAAUGCGUUCAAUGACGAUAGUUGCUGGUGGGCGCUUUUAUGCGUGCACAUGUACAGUUUUAGUGGGGAGGGAUGGUUUUUGACGCAAGCGGAGGGGGUGUGGAGGGCCAUUAGGGACGACGGGAGUGUUUGUCGUAACGGGGAGGUGUUGUUUAAGGGGGAGGAUAUGGAGGGGGGUGUUUUUUGGAAGCGAAGGAGGUCAGGGAAUGGGUGUGUGAAUGCUAUUAGUACGGGCUUGUACGCUGAAUUGAGCGUGCGGUUGGCGUUGGUGGAGAUGAAGAGGGCGAGGGAGGGGGAGGGAGAGAGGGAGAUGGUGGGAAGGGAGUAUCGGCCACGGAAGGGGAUGGUGCUUGAUCAUAUUGAUUUGAACAAGGAUAAGAGGGUCGACUGGACCUUCACUUACAACACUGCCGUGGCGCUUGGGACUUGUGCUUUACUUUUCGAAGCCACGCGCGAGGAGGAGUACAUGAUCCUAGCCUGCCAUAUGGCGCGCAGAUCCAUGAACCGUCCAGGAUGGGUCGAAGACAACGGCGUGCUGACUGAGAAGGGGGCAUAUGGAAAAGGAAACCAUGAUCCUCUCAAGGACAACGACUCCGUCGGCUUCAAGUCCGUCCUCAUCAGGCAGCUCGGCACCUUAUACGACGUCCUCGAACGUACAGGCUGUCCAAAUUCCGAAGCGCAAGACGUCAAAGACAUGAUCCGGAAAUUCGUCUAUAUCAAUUUCCAAAGCCAAGUGGAACGCAACACCGAUGGCAGAGGCCGGUAUGGCCCAUGGUGGAACGGCCCCUUCGAAUGUCCAACCAGUCACUCGCAGAUGGCGGUGCUGGACGUUUUCGCGGCAGCUCAGACGGUGAAGCUCGUCGGUGUGAGUGAGCCAUAA